AUCAGGAUGUGGACAUAAUUAUUGAUUUAACAAAACAAGACGUCGCAGAGUCUGUAGCCUGAUAUGCAGCUUUUGCCUUAUAAAUGGAGGAGGUGGCAGAGUACCAGUCGCUGUUUGGACUGUCCAACAAUGACUUUCUUCCUCUUCUUCUUCCUCGUCUCCCUUUUUUCUGCUUCUCACGCCUUGCCUCCCCACAGCCACCAUCGUCGCUUUGCCUCUCACAAUUACAGAGAUGCCCUCUCCAAAUCCAUUCUCUUCUUUGAAGGACAGAGGUCCGGCAAACUGCCUCCCAACCAGAGGAUGACAUGGAGGGGCGACUCCGCCCUCUCAGAUGGCUCUGCAAUGCAUGUUGAUUUAGUGGGAGGGUACUACGAUGCAGGGGACAAUGUCAAGUUUGGUUUUCCCAUGGCAUUCACAACCACUAUGCUUUCCUGGAGUGUUAUUGAGUUUGGUGGGCUCAUGAAAGGUGAAUUGCAGAAUGCUAGAGAAGCGAUUCGUUGGGCUACGGAUUAUCUGCUCAAAGCUACUCAACAUCCGGACGUCAUUUACGUUCAGGUGGGAGAUGCUAGGAGUGAUCACGCUUGUUGGGAGAGACCGGAGGACAUGGAUACCCCGAGAAAUGUGUACAAGAUAGACAAGAACAACCCUGGUUCAGAAGUGGCGGCUGAAACUGCAGCCGCUCUAGCAGCCGCUUCUCUGGUUUUUAGAAAGAGUGAUCCCGCCUACUCCAAAGCUCUACUCACUAGGGCUACAAGGGUGUUUGAGUUUGCUGAUAAAUACAGGGGAUCCUACAGUGAUGGGCUGAAACCCAUUGUAUGCCCUUUCUAUUGCUCUUACUCUGGUUAUCAGGAUGAGCUGUUAUGGGGGGCGGCUUGGCUGCACAAGGCUACUCGGAAGCCCAUGUACCUAAACUACAUUCAAGUGAAUGGACCCAUCCUUGGUGCCGCAGAGUCUGAUAACAUGUUUGGGUGGGAUAACAAGCACGUCGGAGCAAGGAUCCUUCUUUCCAAGGAAUUCCUUGUUCGAAAAGCACAGUCGCUACAUGACUACAAAUUUCAUGCGGACAAUUUCAUAUGUUCCAUCAUUCCUGGGACCUCUUUCUCUUCUUCCCAGUAUACCCCAGGCGGGCUUCUGUUCAAGAUGAGUGAUAGCAACAUGCAGUAUGUGACGUCCACUUCCUUCCUGCUCUUAGCCUACGCCAAAUACUUGACCUCUGCCCAGAUGUCUGUCACAUGUGGAGGAACCACUGUUACUCCAAAGACUCUUCGCAGUAUGGCCAAGAAGCAGGUGGAUUACUUGCUGGGAGAUAAUCCCUUGAAGAUGUCGUACAUGGUGGGGUACGGCCCAAAUUACCCACGAAGGAUCCACCACAGGGGCUCAUCUCUACCGUCCAUCUCAGUGCACCCUGCCAAGAUCCAAUGCUCCGCAGGCUUCAGCGCCCUGGAUUCACACAGCCCCAAUCCCAACAUAUUAGUGGGCGCUGUGGUUGGUGGGCCAGACUUGCGCGACAGGUUCCCGGAUGAACGGUCCGAUUAUGCGCAAUCAGAACCAGACACUUACACGAACGCUCCACUUGUAGGUGCCCUGGCUUAUCUGGCUCACUCAUUCGGCCAGCUCUAAUGUAGAGGGAGCAGAAUCCCCAGUUUUAAUGACCAGUUUUAUCCAUUUAUUAUCA